AAUAGGGCGAGGCUAAGCUACGGAUUUUCAGCAAACGCACGGACAGCGCUCAACGACAAUGGCGGACUCUAAGGUUAUCGACCGCAAGGUGACGAUCCUCCAGCGCCCCAAGGACGCCGACAGCGCGAGCGACGUGUCGUUCGAGGAGUGCGUGAAGCUUGCAAAGGAGUUGAAAGAGGUCUCGCGGCUGCCCGUGUCCUGCCGCCAGUACCUGGACAAGAAAGCGGUCCUCCACCAGGCUUGCGAGGGGAUGACGGGGGACCAGUUGGCGGAAGUGUCGGUGGCCCGCAACAGCAAGAUUGGCCGCAACAUGACCCACGCCCAACUCCAGAGGCGAUUAACCGCACGCGAGAACCCGCUCCGCAAGAACAGCCGGAAGUGAAGAUUUACAGCGGCAUCGGGCCACAAAAUCGGACCAAACCUACUCCCAACCUAACCGUUAAAUGAAAACACGGCGACGGUGAGAGAAAAAGACGGGAUGGUGGAGACGCAAGAGGGCGCAGCCAUAGGGCGGGGAGAGAGGGGGGUGACGCGCCAUGAGGAAACCAACCCGUACCUAGCCCGAGAAAAACGGCAGGGGUUCGAGCAUGGGAAGAGGAGUAGGAGGACGAGGAGGGUUAGGAUGUGUCGAGGCUUCUUCGGGGUGAAGGAAGCGCAUCAUAACUGGUAGUUGAGCGAAAACGAGCGAAAUCGUGGGGCAGGAACAGCGGAGAUGCGAGAUAAAGAAUUCUGUGGGGGGCAUGAGAAUUGUCGCACAACCUGGUUUUGCCUGCCCGGUGGCAUUCGUGCGUUGUUCUUGUGCAACGAUGGGAGGGGUUGGGGGAUGCGGUGGGUUUCACAGAAUCGCGUGUCGUUCCGUGCUGUAGGUUGUUGGUUGGCUUGCCGUUGUUCCCAUCAACGGCUCGCCUGUCUCCUUCUGCUUGUGUGAGCGUAAGCAAGCGCUGACGUGCUUUGGUUUAUCGUCCCCGUUGCUUGGGCGUCGUCUCUCGUAGUUUAUCUAGCCCGCACGUGAUCUGUGUGGUCGCUCGGCUUCAUGCUCUCGCACUUCGCCUCUGUGCGCGCGACCCGUUUGUCGGCUCUCGUUUUGUCUUCGGUAGCCAUCUUGCGGAGCGCGUGGCGAGCGGUGCGGCAGUACGACCAAAUAGUACCAGUAGCAGAUAUCGAAGUUAACAACGGCGCGCAUGAAUCGUAGGGGCCGGUACGAAGGCAGUGGGCAUUUUGUUUUCCUCGCCGAGCGAGGGUGGGUAUUGGUAACACAGGGCAAGGGGAAGGUUCCCCGUUGUCUGUUUUGUUUUCGCCUGCCAUUUGCAUGACAGUGCGUAGAAUUGCUGGUGUAUAGUACAUACGUGAGGGAUUCGAGACGGCGCGUAGUGCUUUGCCAGUUCAGCCCACGCGCAUGCACGCUCAUAGACCGGCCUAUGCGGA